GCUGUCUAACAUAGCAAGUGUCAGCAGCGUGUCCCAUACUACAGAGAUAAGACUGUAGGCUUAUGCAAUGCUAUAUAUAUUAAGUUGCUAAAUCAAUUUUAAAAUGUUUUUCAGGUUCUAAAUGGCUUCUAAGAAGUUGGGGUCUGACUCUCAUGGGCCUUUCAGUUAUCUCGAUGACAUCCCAUUUAAGAUAGGAGACAAAUUUAAAACCCCUUCGAAGGUUGGAUUACCCAUUGGUUUCUGCCUGCCUGAUUCUUUUCAGCUUGUCAGAGAAGCCCAGUAUGACUUCUUCCUGGAAAAGAAAACAAUCAAGUGGGCUGAAGAUAUCAAAAAAAUUCAAGCUGCCCAGAGAGAAGCUGAACACAAGGCAGAAGAAGCAAUAGCAAACCCAAAAGCAGCCCCAGAGGACAGCAACAGAAUGGGGUUCUCAGAGGGACCUUGCCCUGAGGCCAUGCCUCCUCCUAUCAACCCUGUCCUCGCUGGUCUGCAGCACAAUAACAUUCUUACUCCCAUGCCAGCCGACAGCAGUGCUGUGAAGCAAAAAGUUCUUAGUCCACCUCGCCCCAAAGCAGACUUCAACCCAGCUGAUUUUGAAAGUGAAGAAGACCCAUUUGACAAACUGGAAUUAAAAACUAUCGAUGAUAAGGAGGAGUUAAAAAACAUUCUGGAAAUCCAUGUCGGUACUACUGGGCCAGUUGUUGCCCAGCUGUUAGACAGCAGUUUGCCCAAAGGAGGGUCUGAGUCUGUGUUGCAAGAUCAGGAGGUUCUGGCAUCCAUAGAAAGGGCCACGUUGGACUUCAAGCCCCUUCACAAACCCAAUGGCUUUAUCACUUUACCGCAGUUUGGAAACUGUGAAAAGAUGUCCUUGUCUUCCAAAGUGUCCCUGUCCCCUAUCACUUCAGUAAGCAAUAUCAAAUCCCUAUCCUUUCCUAAACUUGACUCUGAUGAGAGUGAUCAAAAAUCACCAAAGCUCAUGAGCACUUUUCACAGCACUACCUGUCUCCACAACAGCACUUUUCUCAGCCCUUUGCAGGCCUGUGCUCAGACUAAAGCUAGCGAACUGAACGGACACCAUGUGGUUGGUCUUUCUGCUUUAAACGAGAACAGUGGCAUGGAGACAUCAACAUUAUCCUCUUCAACCAGGCUGCCUUCCCUGGCUGUGUCAACAGUUUGUACGGAAGAAGAAUCGUCUCAAAGCACAGUGACCACGGUACACACAGACAACAAGGAAACAAAAAUGCCUAUGGUAAUGCACCAAAACCUCCCAGCAUCUCAAGUGCCCAAUAACACCAGCUGCGCAACGCAGUCAGGUGGCCCUGCUCCUGACAUACAGCAGGCCCUCUCCGCUAGUGAGAGGCAGUGCGUAGAGACCAUCGUCAACAUGGGGUAUUCGCCUGAGAAUGUCCUGAAAGCCAUGAAGAAGAAGGGACAGAACAUAGACCAGGUUUUGGAUUACCUGUUUGCACACGGACAGCUUUGUGAGAAGGGCUUUGAUCCACUUCUUGUUGAAGCAGCUUUGGAAAUACAUCAGUGUUCAGAGGAGAAGAUCACAGAACUUCUCCAACUAAUGAGUCAAUUUAAAGAAAUGGGCUUUGAACUAAAAGACAUUAAGGAGGUCUUAUUAUUACAUAACAAUGACCAACACAAUGCUUUGGAAGAUCUAAUGGCCCGUGCAGGAGCCAGCUGAAAACAUAUUCCUGGGAUCUCGCAUGCCAACUUCACAUCCAAUGUGACUUGCUCUCGGCAGGAAGGAGUCCAACUUUUCACACACAUGGGAGAGUGACUGAGCAAGCCUACCUGCGUGCAUCACUACAGCAUUUCUUUUUCCACUGGGAGGCAACUUUAUUUCUUAAAUUAAAUUUUUAAAGUGUCCUUUCCUAAGUUUCCUUUUUUUUCCAGCUUGGCCACAGAGAGUUUAAACUGCCCAGCCGCUACUGGAAUUGUACAUAGGCAGAGACCGGAGUGGUUCCUCCCACUGUUGCAGUGGAGUUAGACAGAAGAAUAGGAAGUUGGUUCUGAAACCUAGGAUGCUUUGGUUCUUUGAAGCUGCUUUCAUGAUGUCUGCUUGUACUGAAUUACUUGACUGUGUCACAGUCCAAAUUAACUGGUUAAAUUUGACCUUUAGUGCAAUGGAAUUUAAUGUUUUGGUUGAAAGUUAGCCUAUAACUUAGUAAAAACACUGGUUCAGAAACUGUCACUAUGCAUAAAGAGAAGCUGUUCCUCUUGUGUUUUUUUAACCCAUGCAUCCAACACUUCUGCCAGACACGAGUGUCCAGUGCUGAGCGGUGUAUAAGUUCGCUUGGAACAGGUAAGCUGUGAACUCAGUCUGGACCUGCAACUUCUGUUGGUUCUUGAACCCAAAGGCAGAGAGCUGGGGCUCAGUAUUCUUAAUCCCCCAGGCUUGUAGGAUAUUUAAGAAAAUGUUCUGCUAGGAAAUCAAUCAUCUUUUGUUUUAAAUAAUACUCAGUGUGAUGCAGGAGGUUUCUUUCAAGCACUUUCUUUAAAACAAAUAUACUCACUGCAUUAGUUCAAUUUUCCACACUGCUGUAGAAUUGCAUAAUAACAUCUAGUACUAGAAAUCAGGUUUUGGGUUGUUUUUGAUAGUACCGAGUAUUAUGUUGUACAUUGUUCAAGUUCUAAAUACAUAAAAUAUCAUUAGUCUUGAGGAAUCUUUAAAGUAAUUUGCUAAAUAUUUUGAUUCUGCAGAAGAAAAACUAAUAAAACCCUCAAAUGUA